CGGCCGUCGCUGCCUCCGGUCCCUCGGUGCUCCUGCUGCUCCUCCUGCUGUUGCGCCUCCAUCUCCAGAUCGGAUCACGGUGAGGGAAAGAUGAGCGAGGAGACGGCGACUUCUGACAACGAUAAUAGUUAUGCACGAGUGCGAGCUGUGGUGAUGACCCGGGAUGACUCCAGUGGCGGAUGGCUGCCCCUCGGAGGUAGUGGACUGAGCUGCGUCACUGUCUGCAGAGCCUCCCACCAGGAAGAGGAUGGCUGCUCUGACUUUCUUAUCCGUGGAGAGCGGCUCAGGGACAAAAUGGUGGUUUUGGAAUGUAUGCUUAAAAAGGACCUCAUUUACAAUAAGGUCACUCCAACAUUUCACCACUGGAAGAUUGAAGACAAGAAAUUUGGCCUUACCUUUCAAAGUCCUGCUGAUGCUAGGGCUUUUGAUAGAGGUAUUCGAAGAGCUAUAGAGGAUAUUUCUCAAGGAUGCCCAGCAUUAAAAAAUGAAACUGAAGGAGCAGAUGAUGACUUACAAGCAACUGCUGAAGAGAAUAUUCCCAGUUCUCGAGUGAAAGAUCAUCUUUUCCAGCAAGAGACCGUUGUUACCAGUGAGCCUUAUAGAAGCUCAAGACCUUCUCCCUUUGAAGAUCUGAAUGCCAGAAGAGUCUACUUGCAAAGCCAAGCCAGUCAGAUAACGUUCACUCAUCCAAGCCUAGACAUUCAGGGCAGAAGCAUAGAAUAUGCACAGCGACAAAUAUCCAAGGAAUGUGGAGGCCUAAAGUCCCAAAAUAAGGUCCCUCGACACGUCAGCUUUCAAGAUGAGGAUGAGAUUGUCAGAAUAAACCCUCGAGAUAUCUUAAUCCGUCGCUAUGCGGACUACAGGCAUCCUGACAUGUGGAAAAAUGACUUGGAGAGAGAUGAUACUGACUCCAAUAUUCAGUUUUCUAAACCAGACAGUAAAAAAUCAGACUAUCUGUACUCUUGUGGGGAUGAGACUAAGUUAAGUUCAUUCAAAGACUCUGUGGUAUUUAAGACACAGCCUUCCUCAUUAAAAUUUAAGAAGUCAAAACGAAGAAAAGAAGAUGGUGAGCGUUCUCGCUGCGUAUACUGCCAGGAAAGGUUUAAUCAUGAAGAAAACGGCAGGGGGAAGUGCCAGGAUGCUCCAGACCCUAUUAAAAGAUGCAUCUAUCAAGUUAGUUGCAUGCUCUGUGCCGAGAGCAUGCUGUAUCAUUGUAUGUCAGACUCAGAGGGAGACUUUUCUGAUCCCUGUUCAUGUGACACUAGCGAUGACAAGUUCUGCCUACGAUGGUUAGCCUUGGUAGCUCUUUCUUUCAUUGUACCAUGUAUGUGCUGCUACGUCCCUUUGAGAAUGUGCCAUCGUUGUGGGGAGGCAUGUGGGUGUUGUGGUGGGAAACAUAAGGCUGCUGGAUGAAAGGAUCUAGGGCCAAAAUGAGUUUAAAAUCUUUGUUUCCAGGCACUAGCUAACUUGGAUUUGCAGAAGCUUUCGGCAAGCAACAUGAAAUCUUGCCUGGUGUCAUAGGGGCCACGCGUGGAGGAAGCAGCACUCGUCAGUUCUUGGCAUUUCACAAAUGCCAGCCAUGCCUAACUUUUCCCUUGAGCGCAUGGCACGUUUUGUUACAGGUUGUAAAGCGUAUUUGCAAAAGGAAACCAUUUCUGGUUAUUGGCUAUAAAAAGGGAUCAUAAAAUAUGAUCUGACUAAAAGGGAUUAAUUUUUGGCAUUUUUGUAUAUUUAUGCAUUAGGUGAUGGGACUUUUAAAGGUUUGAAUUCAUUAGGACAUGAACUAAAAGUGCACUAGGGAACAGCUGAUUUCAAUCUAAGAAAAGUUAACACUUGGAAAUUAUAAGAAGUUAAACAAGUGCACCUAAAUCAUUUAUUGUUUUUUGAAAGCAGUUUUAUGUAUAAAUAACAAAUGUUUAUAUUUAACUAAAUACAAGGUACGAAUUAUGACAUUAAACUUUUCUUCCCCUUCCUAGUUCUGAAGUAGAUGUACAUAUAUCUACGGUCACAUUCCAUUAUAUUUUGCAUAUUUUACUCAUCUAAUUAAUAUAACAUUUUUAUUCCAUGUGAAUGAUUUGAUAUUUCCAUCUUUGUUUCCUGUUGGCUACGGUUUAUAUUGAGUUCUAUCUGUACAUUCUGGUAAUCUAAAAUUCUUUAAAAUAUUCUAAUAGCCUUGAGUGACCAACUUUUUUUUAAAGCACAGAUAUAAUCGUCUAAUGUUCUGAUGGGAACGUAACACUUAUUUUUAUAUAAAAAGAGAUUGUGUAAACAUAGAAAAAAAAAGAGGUUUUGGGGGCUGUUGUUUUGUUUUUUGUGGUAUUCAACCAGCAAGUUGUUUUCUUUCAGAGUUUCCUCCUUCAAAAAAUUAUAUUGCAUUUACAAAUAUGUCACAAGACAAAGAAGUGUAACUGGAUGGUUAGUGUAAAAGUUUCCUCCUAAGAUCUCCGUUUAUCAUUCUGCUAACCCAGAAUUCGUUCAGCUGUGUUACUAAUUUUUUUAGCUUAAUCCUCAGUGCUCAUUAUUCACAUAAUACCAGUAGCUUUUUUCAGUUGCAUUUUAUUUUAUUUAAACCAGCCAAAAGCAAAAUUAUUUUACGUUAAAGUAUGUGCUAAACUAUCCCAGGAAAGUAUUUAAUCCAACAUUGUGAAUGAAAUACCUUGUACAUAAAAAUUUAUUUCUUUUGCCGAGCAUUGUAUCACUGGAUGUUUUAUUUACAAAGUAGUUGGAUAAGCGUUCCAACAAAUUAUUUAAAGUACUUUGGGAUCAAAUUGUCUUCUUUUUUUUUUUUUUAACUGUUACAUUUAAACUCUAAUCAAGUAAGGGUUCUUUAAGAACAUUCCCUUAGAGGGAUCAAGUUGAGAAGCGUGCCUUUCUAUUUAAUGGCUUGAAGUUUCAGAAGUGAUAAACAUUAAAAUCACACUACCAUUUGAAGCUCAUUUUCUAUGCACGUUUUUAAAUGUCAUUUAUGUAUCAUUCUUUUUACGUUCACACUUAAGCUUGUGUUAGCUGUCUUCUUUUGCCCCAGAUCAAACUGAACAAUGUAUAUAACACUAUCUGUCUGUAAAAUACUUUUUUUAAGAAAGCAUUUAUAUUUAUAUGACAGCUUGAACUGACAACAUUGUGUAUAUAGAUCAUCUUGAAGUAUUAUUUCACAUUGAAAAGAAGAAAAAUAUAUUGAUAACUAUAGAUGUUAUGAAGAAGAGGUUAUUUCUAGUUUUGUACUAAAAAUCAAUUGGAUGAACUAAAUCCAAACGUGACACUGUCGCAGCAGUUUUAAGUCUUAUUUUUACUGUUUAUAUAUUUGGACGCUGCUGUACCAGAUGAUCUUCAUCCCUGAAGUUUUCAGCUAAACUCGGUUACCUAGAAUAGACUGUUAACUUUCAAAAUUACUUCUUACUGAUGGAAUGGAAAUAUUGAUUUUCCUUAUGAAUAAAUUUUCAUAUUUGUAAGUGUGGAGUUUAUAAUUCAGGUUUGAGCAAGGUGUGAAUAACUGAAGAAAAUAACUUGCUGGCUAUAUAGGAAAAUCUGUGGAAAUGGACUGUGUAUAUAUUUCUGGGGAGAACAAAUAUAAUCAUUUCUUCUGUUAAGCACUAAUCAGUAUAGUGCAACUCCUGGUUCUGUACUGUAUUUUAUAUGCAACAUAUAUGCUUUAAUAUUUUAAUGUUUGUGCAUUAAUAUUUUCAAAUUGUUUUAACCACUUUGCUGCUAAGAUUUUGCCGUCCCAUCCCCAUUUUUUUCCUUUACAAUUUUAAACAAGUUUCUUCAUUAAAAACGAUGGUGAUAAAAUG